AUGUUGGAUGAAGAAGAUGGACAUAGCCCAACAGGACAUAUUACUACUAAUCCUGAAGAUUUGCUCGGUCGCCGUUACAAACGAGGGAACUCUGAAUCAGUUCGACAUCUCUUGGUACGGGUUCGCGUUGCGGAAGAGGAAGUUAAAAAACAUCGAUUGCAAAAUGAGACUUUAAAGAAGACUGUCACAAAAAUGAAUAAACAAUUGUGUGAUAAGCAAUGUGAAGUGGAGAGCUUACGAAAGAUGUUCGAACAGCAUAUUGAUGAUCUUCAGCAUCAACUAUUGAAAAAGGAACGUGAGGAUAAACAAAGCAAAUUUGAAACCAUAAUAUCGUUUUUGCAAAGUCCUCCAGAUCCUCUGAAGACAUGUGAACCUCCUUUUUCAUUUCUUGAUGAACCGAAACCGGAGGUAAUGAAUGCAGAAACGCAAACAGACGAUUGGAUGUUGCGAUCCAUACAAAAGACAGUUUACGCAGCGGUUGCUGGACCAAGUGUAAGUGUGAAACCGUUGGCUGAUAAUGAAAAUAGUGAUGCUGAGAGAUGUUUGAGAAUGGCAGAUGAAAUUGCAAAACUGGAGAAUGAAAAAUUUUUCUUAACUACACAGUUAAAGUUGACCAGAAAUAAGUUGGAAAAUUUCGAAUUGCAAGAAGCGCAAAAAACGAGUUUGGAAAAUCGACUGGUAAUUCUGACCGAAAUGAAUGAUUGUCUUGUAAAAGAGAAUGAACGUAUUAAAGAAAUGGCUGCAUCAAAAAUAAUUACAGACGAUGGCACGGUGGAAGAGAAGCGUAGAAUUAUUGAUUUAACAUUAAAGUGUCAAACGAAAUUGGAUGAGAUACAAGCGGAACUGGAUUGGAAGUCACAGAAGUUGCAAGAGCAGUUGCAAAUCAAUCAGAUUUUGUCAACGAAUUUGGAAAAUAUGAAAGAUAAACUAAAUACCGGAAAUGGAGAGAAUACAGGCAUAAUUCAAAAUGACGCAGAAGUUUUAAAAAAAUAUGAAAGCGAAAUCAGUGAGCUAAAAAAGAAACUUGUUCAAUACGAGGAAUUGCUGGAUCCAUCUACCAGAAUUUUACACAUGAGGAUGAAUCCUUUACACAUAGCACAUCAGGAAUACAAAGAAUUUGAAACUAACAAAAAACGAAAAUUGAACGAAUCUUUGUCAUUUUUGAAUGAAGAUAACGAUAAUUUGGUAGCUACACUACGGAAAAAGCAGCGUGCUGAGAUGGCGAAACAAUUAGCAGAUUUGCAAUUCCAAUUACAUAAGGCAGAGAAAGAGAAGGAAAGAGCUCUAAAAAUACAGAGUGAUUUGGUUAAGAAAUAUCGCGCUUUCGUGACUGCUCUCUCUGGAUUACAAAUAAAAAUGAAGGAAGAUGAUUUGGCACAAGUUGAAAGCAUUUUUGAUCCUGGAAAUUAUUUUAUUUUUAAGGUGCUUGAUUAUGGAAAAACUGUUAGUUUAUUGGAAACAGAUUAUGCGACACAAUGGACAGCACAGAUUCGUGAAUAUCUGCAAGGGAGAAAUUCAAUUCCCGCUUUUUUAGCAGCUAUUACCUUGAUACUUGAUGAACGAGCCGAAAGUACAACUUCCUUAUCUUUUUAUCGAUCUGACUAA